AUGGACAAUGCGAAAAUGCUCGACAUUACGAAGUUUCGCACAGGGUCUAACACACCCGAAACGGCCAUUAGUCCUCGAGAACCCAUCGCCGUUGCAAAUGACAUAUCCGCCGAUCACGUGGUAAACAUGAAUAGGGUUGUCACACGAGCUAGUGACGCCUCGGCCAGGCGGACAAGCGAUUAUCACUCGCCAAGAGGCUUCCAUAUCGCCGAACAGUUCAAAAUGGCUCAUUCCAAAAUUUCACCGACCGUCUCCAAUGCGUCCGGCACUGUGCCGAUAUCCGGAGCUUCGAAGACUGCCACCACUCCGUACGUUAUGACGGCGAGAGAGAUAACGCGGUGUCCCGAGAUGCCGUCGUUAGAUAGCACCCGGAUGAUAAAAAGAGGCUACAGCGACGACGUGGCCAUGAUGAUGAAGAAAAGCCCGAACAGGCUUAUCAAGACACACAGCCACAAUAGUCCCAGGGGGAAAGACUCACCUGCAGAGUAUGGACACGUAUACCUCAACAUAUACGACUUGGAGGCUGUCAACAGAGUUGUCAAUGUCGUCGCUGGCACCUUUGGAGCCGGCGCAUACCACGCUGGCGUGGAAAUUUAUGGUUACGAGUACAAUUUCGGGUAUACACCGCAGGGCGGUUCGGGGAUUGUACAGUCACACCCAAGAUUCCAUUCAUCGCACAAGUAUCGCAAAAGCAUUGAUCUCGGCAAGACAAAAUUCUCACCUAGGGAGGUGUUGCAAAUCAUUGAGUCACUUAAGCCAAUGUGGCUAGGGUCGUCGUACGACAUCUUGAAAAAGUGA